AUGUCGAUCGCAUGUCGACAUGAUGUCGACCUUAUGUCGACGAUUUUUGUUUACUGCAAAUAUAGUCCAGGUUUCUUUAUGGCUUCCAGACUCAUAAUUCCAGCACCCGAGCAUUUUACUGGCCGCAUGACAUAUAGAGGCACCGGAAUUUUUGCAAAAAUCAAAGCUCGGUUUGAGGAGUUCAAUCUGAAUAACACGGCGAAGGAAAGCCGUUUCGGCAGCUUUUGGAAUGCCGUACCCUUGACAUUCUCCUCGGUGUUAUUUCACCAGCUGAUGCUCCACAAAAUGAAAGUGGAUGCUCAGGAGGAGUUGAGGAUGCGGUUUUACGUUGGUCGGAAGGAGGUCAGAUUCGGAGUGCUGGAGUUUGCACUCAUUACAGGCCUGGACUUCUCCUCGGGGCCAACAGAAGAGGAGAAGGCUGCGCAGGUCGCACGCUCAGGGUCAGACCAAUUGAUCAACAAAUAUUUCAAUCGGUCUGAUAGUGUGAAGACAGAAGCACUCCAAGAUAGGUUCACAAACUGUCAGAACCCGGAAGACUUGUACAAGCUCGGCUUGUGCUUGUUUGUGGAGUCAGUGCUUCUGGGCCGCGAGGCAAACGCGCUGAUUACGCCUCACAUACUUAGAUAUGUGGAAGACCUCGAGUUCUUCUUCCGGAUUCCUUGGGGGAAGCACUCAUUCGCCAGACUCAUGCACUCGCUUAAAAAAGACAUGUUGAAACAGAAGGCCAACUACGAGAAGAAGCUGAGUUCGGAUGUUCAGCACGAGUGCAAAUACACAGCAUAUGGCUUCGCACCUGCAGUACAAUAUUGGGCGUACGAGGCCAUUUUGGAGGUUGGGAAGAGGUAUGGCACGAAUCACGGGAUUCGGUUCCCCAGGAUGCUUAGCUGGACGAGCAAAGGCGAUAUUGGGAAGAAAGACGUCAGCGCAUUAUUUUCUAGACGGAAUCUUGAAGUGGUGAAGGGGCUACUUCCACGGACAGAGGAGGAGGCAUUUGUGAGGACCAUAUCUUACGAUGGUGUGGAGAACCUGGUUGAUGAUGGUGUGGAUGACACAGAGGCUGAGGCAGGUAGUCAGGUACCAGAGACUCAGGUCCUAGACACUCAGGAAACAGACACUCAGGUACCAAUUUUUGGAACUUUUUUUUUAUGUCUUUAUUUUUUAUUGUUUUUGUUUUGUGAUAUUUGUUACAUUGUGGAAUUAUCGUAUGCUUACCGUAUUUUUUUUGAUAUAUAUUUUUUCAGGCCACUGGUUCAGAACCUCAGCCCAGUGCACCAUCUUCAUCAGGCGUUCGGGGUGCCGAGUACACUGAUUUAGUGGCGAGGUUGGAUAGGAUCGAGGCUGACACUCAGGGUCUGUAUGCUGCUCAUGUCGAGCUGAAGAAGGCAUACGAGACCAGC